CUUGAGCUGGCAACAUGAGCCGCGAAAGGUGAGCGCAAGAGGAAGAAAGUCCGGCCAGGCGAGGCGUGCGCGCGGGGGGCGCUAGCUGAGGGAAGAGCGAGGGAUCCCCGAGCCCGCGCUGGUGUCCCGCCGUCGGAGGAGGAACUUGUCGCUCAGCGCGCACUUCCUCGGCCGCUAUGGUGAGCGGGGAGCCGGAGCUCGGAGAGAAGCGGACGGGGUACCGAGCCGAGCCCGACCUGUUGCAAGAGGCGAAGCCCGAGCCGGCGGACGCCGAGACGCCCAACGGGUCGGCGCCGGGGUCGGUGCCGGAGGUGCGCCUGACGCGGCGGCGCUGGGCAAUCGUCUUCCUCUUCAGCGCCUAUUCGUUCUGCAACGCUUUCCAGUGGAUCCAGUACGGCAGCAUCAGCGUCGUCUUCGCGCGCUUCUACGGCGUGACCCCUUUCGCCAUCGACUGGCUCUCCAUGUGCUACAUGAUCGUCUACAUCCCGCUGCUCUUCCCGGUCGCCUGGCUGCUCGACAAGAAGGGGCUGCGCCUCAUCGCCCUGGUGGGCUCCGCUCUCAACUGCGUGGGCGCCUGGGUGAAGACGGGCAGCACGAAGCCAAACCUCUUCCCCGUCACCGUCCUGGGACAGGUGGUCUGCUCGCUGGCCCAAGUCUUCAUCCUGGGCAUGCCGUCCCACAUCGCUUCCGUCUGGUUUGGGUCCCGGGAGGUCUCCAGUGCCUGCUCCAUCGCCGUCUUUGGUAACCAGCUUGGCAUUGCAGUGGGUUUCCUACUGCCUCCAGUUCUGGUUCCCGAUGUGGAAGAGGAGGAGAAGCUGGCCUAUCAUAUUAGCAUCAUGUUUUUUAUGACUGCAGCUGUGGCAACAGCACUCUUCAUCUUAGUAGCUUUUGUGUUCAAGGAGAAGCCUGCACAUCCUCCGAGCCGGGCCCAAGCCUUGAUCCAUACAGCAUCACCUGAGGAAUAUUCCUAUCUGCAAUCUAUUGUCCGUCUGUUUCGCAAUGUCAACUUUGUGCUUCUAAUAGUCAGUUAUGGCUUAAACACAGGCUGCUUCUAUGCGCUCUCAACCCUACUCACCCGCAUGGUGAUCAGCCACUAUAAGGAUGAGCAGCUGAACGCUGGUCGAAUUGGCCUCACCAUUGUAGUGGCUGGCAUGGUUGGAGCUUUGAUCACUGGCCUCUGGUUGGACAGAACCAAAACAUACAAGCAGACAACUCUGUUGGUUUACAUCAUGUCAUUUGUAGGCAUGGUGGUUUUCACGUUUACUCUGGACCUAGGCCAUAUCUGGGUGGUCUUUGUGACAGCUGGUGUGCUGGGUUUCUUCAUGACUGGGUACCUACCACUGGGCUUUGAAUUUGCGGCAGAACUGACAUACCCAGAAUCGGAAGGGACAUCAUCGGGCCUCCUUAAUGUAGCUGCACAGAUAUUUGGAAUAAUUUUCACCAUUAGCCAAGCACAGAUCUUUGAACAUUUUGGAACUCAAGCAGGAAACCUCUUCCUCUGCAGCUUCCUGUUUGUCGGCACUGUUAUAACUGCUUUCAUCAAGGCAGAUCUCCGGAGACAGCAGGCCAACCUGCGCGAUGAAGAGACUAGACUCCAGGGCAGUAACUGUCAGAUAAUGAAUUAUGGACAUUGUACCUUAAUCCCAUCAUUUCCCAUCCCUGAUCAGUAAUUCUCAGACUAAGAAGACAUUGGGGAAAGUGCCUCAAACCAGCACUGUGCCGCUGUAUGAGGAAUCAAAAUUCUAAUGGUGGGAGAUUGAGGACCAGCUGGCGCCACCACUAACCUCCAUUCUCGUCUUUGACAUCUGUACCUCCCACUACACUUGGUGUAGCCCAGCACCUGAGGACAAUCUAGGAAGCUGCUGCUGGAAAGGAAUGCACAGGACUUGAGUCACCCUCACCUGAGCCGGCUCCUCUGUCCUGGUGGCCUGUCCUGGUGCCCUUUCUGCCAAGGGACCAAAGGCAGCAGUUGCUCAGCGGAAGAUAGCUUGUCUUGGCCACUGCAGCCAAAUCACUGAAUCCAGCGUUUCUUCCACUGCAUGGAUUGAGAGCAACCAUUUGUUAAUCCUGUUAUGUGUCCAGCAGACCUACUGAAUGGGAUAUGAAAUGGAUCCAGAGGAAGAUCCUUGCUCCUCAGGGAGAACAAGAAAGCACUUGCUCUGUGAGCAGCCCAAACUGAAGCGCAACUCAUGAUUUGCCACUGGGGAAAGACCUCACCGGGAAGCUUUCUCCCCUUCAAAACUUCCUGUUGGUAGACUAUAUUUUAGUAAAUCAAGCCCUGAGAAGAUUCUUUUUUAAGUAACGGACGGUAGUUUUGAAAUGAGAAUGCUCUCUUAUUACCCAAAUUAUGGCAAUACUCCAGAAAUGUUAUGGGGAAAAUAGUUUUUAAAGAAUAUUUGAAAAGGACAGCCUGUCAUAGGUUGCUUCCACACUACAGCUUUUUAGUAUUAUUUGAGAUACUGCUUUUCCACAAACUGACUGGAAGCAGCAAUAAAACAGAGGUUCCAAAUAGACCUCUGUAAUAUUUAUUCACAAGAAAGUCCUAUUCAAUGAAGAGCCCCUACAAUGUUAAUUAAAAGUUGACUCUUCCUGGAGGAGGGGUGCAUAAAUUUAAUUACUGGUUUCCUUGUAUCAUUUUAUUCUUCUAUAAUUAAAUAACACUGUUUUCAAAGAAAGAGAAAAAAACGAUGUAAGGAAAGCAGUAACUAAAGCCCCUGAACAUAAGCUAACCAAAAAGUAUAACGUAUCACUAAUUGUCCCAGCAGUGCUGGACAAGAAGCAAUUAAACUUUGAGGAAACUUUAAUCAAAGGAAGUCUUUUAAGGAAGUCUUAAAAGCUUUGAUAAUGUUUUGCCAGCACACACAGGACAAGCAGUAACUGCAAUUGCAUUUUAUUGCAAGAGGCAGGAAAAAUGUCAUAAAACAGGUCUGGAAAAAACACAGGACGACAACACAGGAAACACUGGAAAUGCAACAAUUUGGCAACAAAUUGCCAAAUUUGUUAAGGAUGGCUGUUUCAGAGAAACGGGCCAGUGUUGGAAGCAAUCACAGUAUGCAGUGGCUAGCUUUGUGGUUUAUGGAAAUUAUUUAAACCAGAUAUAUUUCAUGGAAAUUCACCUUUGAUCAGGGGAGGAAAAGUGCCGUUUAAUUUAUGGACAGAAGAUGAACCUUGUGUAUUUUGAAAUGGUUAUGAGUUGAACCAUACAGAAAUCCCCCACCCACUCCCAUGCAUACCACGAUCAUCUGAGACCGAGAAGUGCCAGUUCCAAAUUAGAGUGCAAUUUCCCUUCAUUUUGAAGGCAUCAAGUUCUACUGAAUACCUGUUAGUUUCAGAUCGUGUUGUAUAGUAUCUCUUGCCAAUGUAUUGGGAAUUUGGGCUUGGUUUAUGAGCUCUUUGACUAGGAUGUGUCCUGCUAUUAUUUGGAAAGCACUGUGUAACUAUAAAAAAUGUAUUUUUGUACACAUUAGCUACAUAGUGCUACCUCAAAUACUGUUCUAAAACCAAUGAGCAUUUGAUGGUUUUAGAACAAAUGCACAACACUCUGCUCCCUGCCCCCAGAGCACUUCUAAAUUGGACAAGUAUCCUUAUAAUUUAAUCUCAUUCACAACAAGGCCCCCAAACUCAUCUGAGAGCACCAAGGCAGUCCCAGGUUCAAAUCUCUGCUUGGCUAUGAAGCCUAAUUCAUGACCUUGGGUCCUCCAAGUCCAAUCUACCUCUCAGGGUUGUUGUUGUGAGGAUAAAACAGGGAAGAGCAUAUCAUGGAGCUCCUUGAAGGGUUGGAUACCAAUAAAAUAAAUGCAAUGAAACUGA